AUGGCCAGCACCGAGACUAUCCUCCACGGCGUCAACGUGCUUGGCCCCAUCGAGGAGUCGCAGCGCAAGAUCCUGACUCCCCAGGCCCUCGCCUUCCUGGCGCUGCUGCACCGCUCCUUCAACCCUACCCGCAAGGCCCUUCUCGAGCGCCGCAAGAUCCGCCAGGCCGAGCUCGAUAAGGGUGCCCUGCCAGACUUCCUGCCCGAGACCAGACACAUUCGCGAGAACCCGACAUGGAAGGGCGCCCCACCCGCCCCGGGUCUGGUCGACCGCCGCGUCGAGAUCACGGGCCCGACCGACCGCAAGAUGGUGGUCAAUGCGCUGAACUCCGAUGUAUGGACCUACAUGGCUGACUUUGAAGACUCGAGUGCCCCGACAUGGGACAACAUGGUGAACGGCCAGGUCAACCUGUACGACGCUGUCCGGCGCCAGGUCGACUUCAAAAUCGGACAGAAGGAGUACAAGCUGCGGACAGACAGGACGCUGCCGACUCUCAUCGUGCGGCCGCGUGGAUGGCACCUUGAGGAGAAGCACGUGACGGUCGACGGCGAGCCCAUGAGCGGCUCCCUCUUCGACUUUGGCCUGUACUUUUACCACAACGCUUUCGAGACGGUCAAGCGCGGCUUCGGCCCGUACUUCUACCUGCCCAAGAUGGAGUCCCAUCUUGAGGCCCGGCUGUGGAACGACGUCUUCAACCUUGCCCAGGACUACAUCGGCAUGCCGCGCGGCACGAUCCGGGGCACCGUGCUGAUCGAGACCAUCCUGGCCGCCUUCGAGAUGGACGAGAUCAUUUACGAGCUGCGCGACCACAGUUCCGGGCUCAACUGCGGACGCUGGGACUACAUCUUCAGCGUCAUCAAGAAGUUCCGGCAAAACUCCAACUUUGUGCUGCCCGACCGCAACUGCGUGACCAUGACGGUGCCCUUCAUGGACGCCUACGUCAAGCUGCUCAUCCAGACGUGCCACAAGCGCGGGGUGCACGCCAUGGGCGGCAUGGCGGCUCAGAUCCCCAUCAAGGACGACCCGGCGGCCAACGGAAAGGCCAUGGAGGGCGUCCGAGCCGACAAGCUCCGCGAGGUCCGUGCCGGCCACGACGGCACCUGGGUCGCCCACCCGGCCCUGGCGUCUAUUGCUACCGAGAUCUUCAACAAGCACAUGCCCACCCCGAACCAGCUGUUUGUCCGCCGCGAGGACGUCACCGUCACCCAGAACGACCUCCUCAACAUGAACGUGCCGGGCAAGGUUACCGAGGAGGGAAUCCGCAAGAACCUCAACAUUGGUCUUGGGUACAUGGAGGCUUGGAUCCGUGGCAUCGGAUGCGUGCCCAUCAAUUACCUCAUGGAGGAUGCCGCCACGGCCGAGGUCUCGCGCAGCCAGCUUUGGCAGUGGGUACGCCACGGCGUGACCACGGCCGAGGGCAAGCGUGUUGAUAAGGCCUACGCGCUCAAGCUCCUAAAGGAGCAGACCCAGCAACUUGCCAACAAGGCGCCCAAGGGGAAUAAAUUCCACCUUGCCGCGCAGUACUUUGCUGGGCAGGUCACGGGCGAGGAUUAUGCUGAUUUCUUGACUUCGCUGCUGUAUAAUGAGAUUACUUCUGCGGGAAGUCCCAAGCCGGCGGCGAAAUUGUAG